AUGACGGACGUCAGUACCUGUGUUUGCCUGUCCUUUUAUGAUGACCACCACCCAAUCACCUUAAUGAUCUUCCCCCAUCAAGGGGAAUGGUUAAAAGGAUUCAACCACAAGCAGCCAGCAGCCAUUGCCUUGCUAGACUCUGAGGAGGACUUCAGCGCUCUCUCCAGUCCUCCUCAUUCAGCGGCUUUGCGACACUCAACUCUCGGCGGCCGCAGCUUUGGCCCUUCCGGACAGCGGGCGCAGGAACCUGCUCAGGCUGCGACAUCGGCGUCGGAGCCCCCUUUGACGGACGAGAGGCCCCGGAGCGAGACCCCGGGGCGCGGAGGCCGCCCGGCUGGCCCCGGCUGGCGGCACAUUCGGGCCGAGGGCCUCGACUGCAGCUACACGGUCCUGUUCGGCCAGGCCGAGGCAGACGAGAUCUUCCGAACGUUGGAGCGGGACGUGGAGUAUUUCACAGGGAUGCUGGCCAGGGUCCAGGUGUUCGGGAAGUGGCACAACGUGCCCAGGAAGCAGGUGACUUAUGGCGAUGCUGGACUGACCUACACGUUCUCAGGCCUCACGCUGUCUCCAAAGCCAUGGAUCCCAGUUCUAGAGCAUGUCCGGGAUCGUGUUUCAGGAGUGACAGGACAGACCUUCAACUUCGUGCUCGUCAACAGGUAUAAAAACGGCUGUGACCACAUCGGGGAGCAUCGAGAUGACGAAAGAGAGCUGGCUCCUGGGAGCCCCAUCGCUUCUGUCUCUUUUGGCGCCUGCAGAGACUUUUUCUUCCGGCAUAAGGAUUCUCGUGGGAAAAACCCCUCCCAGAGGAUGGAGGUGGUCAGGCUGCAGCUGGCUCAUGGCAGCUUACUCAUGAUGAACCACCCAACCAACACGCACUGGUACCACAGUCUUCCUGUCCGAAAGAAGGUUCUGGCUCCACGGGUUAAUUUAACAUUUCGUAAAGUUUUGCCUACUAAAAAAUAAAAAUGUUUUUACCAGUUA